CCCGCGCCCCAUCUGAUGCUCCUGCUCCGCCGCGUCUGCUUCCUCCUCCCGUCGCCCUCUCCUCGCGCGCCGCUCGCAAAACCUCUCCCGCUCCUCCUCCGCCUGCCCAGAACCCUACCCUCGGCAGCGCGCGCGCUCGCGUCCAUGGCUGCGCCGGCCGCGCCGGCGGGUGGGACGGCGGCGAUGAGCCGGGACGCGUUCCGCGCGGCGGUGACCAACACGCUGGAGCGGCGCCUCUUCUUCGUGCCCUCUUUCAAGAUCUACGGCGGCGUUGCGGGGCUCUACGACUACGGGCCCCCCGGGUGCGCCGUCAAGGCCAACGUCCUCGCUUUCUGGCGCCAGCAUUUUGUGCUAGAGGAAGGGAUGCUUGAGGUCGACUGUCCAUGUGUGACACCAGAAGUUGUCUUGAAAGCCUCUGGUCAUGUGGAUAAAUUUACAGACUUAAUGGUUAAAGAUGAAAAGACAGGAAACUGCUACCGUGCAGACCAUUUGCUCAAGGAUUUCUGUAAGGAUAAGCUUGAGAAGGACCAGACAUUGUCACCAGAGCAGGCAGAAGAAUACAAUAAAAUUCUUGCUAUCUUGGAUGAUCUCUCUGCAGAGCAAUUGGGUGCUAAGAUUAAGGAGUAUGGGAUUGUUGCUCCUGACACCAAGAACCCAUUGUCGGAUCCCUACCCCUUCAAUCUCAUGUUUCAGACUUCCAUUGGACCGUCAGGUUUGAGUCCAGGGUAUAUGAGGCCAGAGACAGCACAGGGUAUCUUUGUAAACUUUAAAGACUUGUACUACUACAAUGGCAACAAGCUACCUUUCGCUGCAGCUCAAAUUGGCCAGGCCUUCAGGAAUGAGAUAUCUCCCCGCCAAGGCCUUCUGAGAGUCCGCGAGUUUACAUUAGCGGAAAUUGAGCACUUUGUGGACCCAGAGGACAAAUCCCACCCAAAAUUUGGUGAUGUCUCUGAUCUAGAAUUCUUGAUGUUUCCAAGAGAGGACCAAAUGGCAGGAAGGUCAGCCACAAGACUUAAACUCGGAAAUGCUGUAUCUGAGGGAACUGUGAACAAUGAGACCCUUGGCUACUUUAUUGGAAGAGUCUACCUUUUCUUGACACAACUUGGGAUUGAUAAAGAUCGUCUACGCUUCCGACAGCAUCUGCCAAAUGAAAUGGCUCACUAUGCUGCUGAUUGUUGGGAUGCAGAGAUUGAGUGCUCUUAUGGAUGGAUUGAGUGUGUUGGAAUUGCUGAUAGGUCUGCCUAUGACUUGCGUGCACACUCGGAUAAAAGUGGUGAGAAACUUGAAGCACAUGAAAAGUUUGCAGAACCCAGAGAAGUGGAGAAAUUAGUUAUAACCCCAUCAAAGAAGGAGCUUGGCCUUGCAUUCAAAGGGAACCAAAGGAUGGUUCUUGAAGCAUUGGAAGCGAUGGGUGAGACUGAAGCUUUGGAUAUGAAAGCUAAGUUGGAGUCCAAGGGGGAGGUUGAGUUCAAAGUGUGCACCCUUGGGAAGGAUGUUACGAUAAAGAAAAGCAUGGUUUCAAUUAAUAUUGAGAAGAAAAAAGAACACCAAAGGAAAUUUACUCCUUCUGUCAUUGAACCAUCCUUUGGGAUUGGGCGCAUUAUAUACUGCCUUUUUGAGCACUGUUUCUUCCAAAGGCCUGGCAAGGCAGAGGAUGAGCAGUUAAAUGUGUUUGGUUUCCCCCCUCUUGUUGCCCCAAUAAAGUGCACUGUCUUUCCACUGGUCAAGCUUGAGAAAUUUGAGGUUGUUGCCAAGAAAAUUUCAAAGGCCUUGACAGCAGCAGGGAUUUCACAUAUUAUCGACAUGACAGGUAACACAAUAGGAAAACGCUAUGCAAGGACGGACGAGCUUGGCGUGCCCCUGGCGAUCACGGUUGACAACACCACUAGCGUGACGGUGCGCGACCGGGACAGCAAGGACCAGAUCCGCGUGGAGGUGGACGAGGUGGCCUCGGUGGUGAAGGAGGUAAUGGACGGGCAGAGCACCUGGGCCGACAUCAUGUGGAGGUACCCGACGCACACCGCCUCAGCCGCCGAGGAUGAGGCUGAACCCUGAAGGGCACAGCCAAAACAAUAUCCAACGAUCGUUGGCCCCUGAGAACAUUUCCUGCUUAACAGAAACAGAAUGCAUUUUGGUGUAAGCUUGCGGUAGCCUUGAUUCCUGGAAAUUUCCACAGAUAGUUUAUUUGUGAAUUGUGAUGUUCGACCUGUAAAUUCUGCUGCUUCGUUCAUCUUUUUCACCUUACGAACUGCAAUGUUUGAUGAA